AUGCCACUGUAUGCAUCAAAAUAUAUCAACCGUUGCCAUCGUCAACCAGGUCCCUUCAAGUCUCCAUCAUCAGUGUCUAAUAGCCAGCCAUCCACCAUGUCUUCAGGCAAGCUCGGCCUCAGCAGUACGGGCAGCAAGCGCAGCCUCCAACCUCCAUCUCCGUCGCCCUCGAACGCGUCGAAUGCAUCACACGGCACGCCCUCGUCGAAGCGUCAGAAACGUGAGGCAGAGGCAGGCAAGAGCAGCAUCCGCAAUCUCGCCGCAAUAAACCCCACGCCGGCUGCGGCUGCCGCAGCCAACGUCAACUUUGGCGAUGACAUCGGUACCCAGAUCUCCUUCGCAGUGACGUUCUUGAAGAACAAGGGUGCGCCCAAGACGUUGCAAGAAGUUCUGGAACACCUGUCUAUGCAGCACACGGCCGAAGCGCAACAGAAGCGAAUCGCCUUGCGCAUGCGUAACCAUCCCCAGAUCAGCUUCAUUGCCGAGCCGAAGAAGAAGGGAGGCGACGGUGAUAAGGAGAAGGCGCAGCCGUCAUGGCGAACGGGCAGGUACGAACACGUUGCCAAGAUCCCAGGAGUAAAAUCCAAGGCGACGCUGCUCGAGUACCUGCAGCGCAAGACGGACGCAAGCAAGCUGGAAGUAAAGGAUCUGAAGGACGGCUGGCCCGACUGCGACAAGGCGAUUGACGAACUUGAGGCGGAGCACAAGCUGCUGGUGGUGCGGACUAAAAAAGAUGGCCACGCCAAGUUUGUAUGGAUCGACAGUCCGGAACUGUUCCACCCCGUCGAUGCCGAGUUCCGCAACAUGUGGCUGAAGGCCGAGCUGCCGUCGCUGGACGACAUUGUGCGCAAGCUUAAGGCGGCGGGGCAGAAGCCCGCCAGCGACGACCCCCGGCUCAAGGUUAAGGAGACGGCCAAGUCGAAGCAGAAGAAGCGCAAGACCAAUUUGAAGAAGGCCAACUUCACCAAUACGCACAUGUUGGGCAUGCUUCAAGACUACAGUCAUCUGCGACGGUGA